AUGGAAUCCGAGAAAGAUAGCGAGACAUCCACGCCGCGAUCCUUCACGGGCCAGAGCAUCUCCGCCGAAGAGAUGCUCAAGUCGCAAACCGUCGGUCUUGUGCAUCUGUCCGACUUUCGCAAACGUCGUGCAGAGGUUCUGGAGCAAACGUCGCGCGAGGCGCAUGACAAGUCGCUAGGGCGACUGGCAUCUGGUAAUUCAAGAAGCGCAACUCCCUCCGCAGGCGAUGUGACUGACGGAUCGUCGACGCCACGAAGUGAUGCUCCACCCAAGAAGAAGAAAAAGAAGGCGUUCACCAAGAGUAAGCUUUCCUUUGGCGACGAUCCUGAGGAUACCGGUGAAGAGUCCGCAGCAACCCCGCGCGACUCGAGCAUAUCGCGAUCAGGGUCGAAGACACCCAAUGAAGAGAGUGCUACAUCGGCAGCGCGUCGCAUGAAAGCCAAUCCAAAUGCGCCACCCCCUCCGAAGGCGAUGACCAAAGCUGCGAUGGAAGCCGAGGCGCAGGCUCGCGACACACUCCGCAAGGAAUUCUUGUCGAUGCAGGAAGCGGUUAAGAAUACUGAAAUCGUGAUUCCGUUUGUCUUCUUUGACGGAACAACCAUACCGGCUGGGUCGGUUAAAGUCAAGAAGGGAGAUCCCGUGUGGCUAUUUCUGGACCGGUGUCGUAAGGUCGGCGCUGAGUUGGGAGUGGGCGGCGCCAAUGGAGCUUCAAAGGCACGAAAAGACACUCGCCGUGAAUGGGCCCGAGUCAGUGUUGAUGACCUGAUGCUGGUCAAAGGCGACGUGAUCGUUCCACAUCACUACGAGUUUUACUAUUUUAUUGCCAAUAGAGUGUCGAGCUUCUCGAAGGCCGGUGGACUGCUCUUCGAUUACUCGGAUAAGCCUUCAGAGACCUCCAGUGAUGACCCUUCACAACGCCCGAAUGACGAUCAAUUGGAAGGCGCAGAUAAGGAUUCCAGCGAGACCAAGGUGGUAGACCGCCGCUGGUAUGAAAAGAACAAGCAUAUCUACCCUGCGAGUCUUUGGAACGAGUACGAGCCAGGGAAGGAGUUUGAGGAGAAGAUGACUUCAACGCGGCGUGAUGCGUCCGGAAAUACCUUCUUCUUUUAG